GAAGCCAUGACUCCAUGAGUUACUGCCUGGACAUCAACUCCCCGCUGGUCCGCUCCGAGUCUGARCUGUUGAGGCUCCUGGAUGUCAUUUUUUACUGCUUUACCAGGCCGUUGAUCUUUCAAUGGGCCACUACACAGGAUAAAACCAUCGAGGAGCAGCUUUCCAUGGGCGUACGGUACUUUGAUCUCCGUGUUGCUCACAAACCCAACGACUUAUCCAGUGACCUCUACUUUACACARGUCAUUUACACACAUUUGACCGUUUUGGAAACUCUGGUGUCUGUGGUCAGCUGGCUGAACUCUCACCCAAAGGAGAUCGUGAUCCUGGCCUGCAGUCAUUUUGAGGGAAUAGACGACAGAUACCAUGAAGCAUUCGUUUGCUGCUUGAAGAAGUUGUUCGGCUCAAAGCUGUGUCCCCGGAAGGAACCAAACUUGAGCCUGAGGAGUCUGUGGGCGUCUGGUUACCAYGUCAUUCUGUCCUACGACGCCCAGAUCACAGCCAGACAUCCAGAGCUGUGGCCCGCCAUCCCUUACUGGUGGGCUAACAAAGACACCGCACAGGAUGUCAUCAAGUUCCUUGACUGGCAUAAAGACAUGGGGCGACCAGAGGGGUUCUUCAUCACCGGUCUGAAUCUCACCACCGACAGGACCUACAUCYCCAAGAAUCCCAAGGAGUCCCUGCGGACGCUGACCUACAGGAACUGGGAGUGUCUGAGGAGGUGGGUGGAGCAGCAGACACCCGGAUCAGACCAGAAGAGCCUCAACAUCAUAGCGGGAGACUUCGUGGGUCCACUUCCUCUGAGUUCUUUAGUGAUCCAACUGAACCACAAACUAAAGCUCAGGAGCUCCAGCCACAAGAAAAAUCAGUUUUAUUUAUAAUUAUUUUCAGUGGAAAGUGAUUCUACAUUCACUUCCUGACGGAUUUUAGGUUUUGUACCAACAUUUAGCUGCACUCCUUGUAUUUUACUAAAAACCGCUUUACUCUUUUACACAUUUUGUACAUUUAAGUCUUCAUGUUCUGCUCAGUAAACAGUAUUUUAAGGUC